AGUCCGGAACUGGAGAAAAGAUCCCGGAACUGGGUGUGGAGACAUCGCUCUACUUCGCACUCCCCGGACCCAGUUGGAUGUUGGACCGGGCCUAGUUACCAUGGUAACACGGGGUCGCGGUUUGUUUCCAAACUAAGAGGUUCUAGAGGCCUGUCUCAUCACCAGUCAUGAGUGCAUCCUCAAAGGGUCUUCUCACGCAAAUUUCCCAGUUCUGGAAUAUGCUCGAUGAUUUGUCUGAAAAUGAUCCUGAGCGCUACAAGAACUUCAUUCAGCAGGAGCUGAAAGAUGGAAAACAGUUCUGUGUGGACCCAGAACCACAGCUCUGUCUACAAACCAAGAUCCUAAAACCAAAAGAAAAGAUACUUUUUAUCAACCUAUGUCAAUGGAAAAGGAUCCCUGCUCCCCAAUCAGCCACUCAUCCUGUACCUCUAAAUGUUGGCAGUCCAGAAGAUUUCUCUGAGGCAUCAGGUGCUUAUACUGUCAUUGAUGUUGCCUACAAUCCUGGUGUUCUGCAAGCAGCAGAAAAAGACCAAAGGAUCAAAGAUCAGUUAAUAAAGAUGGCCAUGCACUGCAUUGAGGAGCGAUUCCAGUUCAUACUUGCACAGUCAUACCGUGUUACUAGUUUUGGAAUAAAAGGAAGCAUCCAGAGAAUGAAAGAAAAGCUGAUGGGCACCAAAAGUAGCUUCACAGACCUCAAAGAGAUAUUGAAAAAAGAAAAUACUCUUGAAAGGAUCAGAAGCAGUGCUGUGAGUGAGCCAAAUCACCUUCCUCAGGUGCUAUUGACAAAAAAACAAGCGCCAGCCAAAGGACGCUGUCUCAUAGAAGAGAUCUCUAGUUCAGAAAUCCAGGUGGAGGUUAAGAAACCAGCCUACAAAUUGAAGGUUGUAAAGGAUCAGAACGAGAAACCUCUGAAAAUUGAGCUGAAAAUCGAGUUACCUGGGAUUAACUCAGUCUCUCUCUGUGAUCUUAGUGUUUCUGAGGUUGAUUUAUUGAUUGAGGUCUCUGAGAAGUACCGAUUAUACCUGAAUCUUCCAGAAUCGGUUAAUGCAGAAAUGACAACAGCAAAAUUUAUCAAAAAUAAAUCUUUAUUAAUCAUUACAAUGCCACUGGCAUAAAAACAGUA